AUGUCUGAAUAUAAUAGUGUUGAAAAGACUCAAAUUUUACAAAAAUAUAGAGAAUUAGACCAAAGAGGUCGUAUCGUUGCAGAAUACGUUUGGGUUGAUGGUACUGGUAACUUGAGAUCAAAAGGUCGUACUUUGAAGAAGAAAAUCACUUCUAUUGAUCAAUUACCAGAAUGGAAUUUCGAUGGGUCCUCCACUAACCAAGCUCCAGGUCAUGAUUCUGAUGUUUAUUUGAAACCUGUUGCUUUCUACCCUGAUCCAUUCAGAUUAGGUGACAACAUUGUUGUCUUGGCUUCAUGUUACAAUAACGAUGGUACUCCAAACAAGUUUAACCAUAGACAUGAAGCUGCUAAAUUAUUCCAAGCUCAUAAGGAUGAAGAUAUUUGGUUUGGUUUAGAACAAGAAUAUACUUUAUUCGACCAAUAUGAUAACGUUUACGGUUGGCCAAAAGGUGGGUUCCCAGCCCCACAAGGUCCAUACUACUGUGGUGUCGGUACUGGUAAAGUCCAUGCCAGAGACGUUAUUGAAGCUCAUUACAGAGCUUGUUUAUACGCUGGUAUUGAGAUUUCUGGUAUUAACGCCGAAGUCAUGCCAUCUCAAUGGGAAUUCCAAGUUGGUCCAUGUACCGGUAUUGAUAUGGGUGAUCAAUUAUGGAUGGCUAGAUAUUUCUUACACCGUGUGGCUGAAGAAUUUGGUGUCAAGAUUUCCUUCCAUCCAAAACCUUUGAAAGGUGAGUGGAAUGGUGCUGGUUGCCAUACUAAUGUUUCUACUAAGAAUAUGAGAGCCCCAGGUGGUAUGAAAUACAUAGAGAAUGCUAUUGAAAGAUUGUCCAAGAGACAUGCUGAUCAUAUCAAAUUAUACGGUAGUGAUAACGAACAAAGAUUAACUGGUAGACACGAAACUGCCUCUAUGACUUCAUUUUCCUCCGGUGUUGCUAACAGAGGUGCCUCUAUUAGAAUCCCAAGAUCUGUUGCCAAGGAAGGGUUUGGUUAUUUCGAAGAUAGAAGACCAGCUUCCAACAUUGAUCCAUACUUGGUCACUGGUAUAAUGUGUGAAACCGUUUGUGGUGCCAUUGAAAAUGCCGAUAUGUCUAAGGAAUUUGACAGAGAAUUCUCUUAA